GGCCGCCCCCGACCCCGCGCAGCCUGGGGGGGCGGGGGGGGGCGGGGGAUGCGCCGGAGCUCCAGGAAAGCCCCCACCACCACCAAGAGGGCUCAGGGCACCCCGGACCCAGCCACUGGGAGGGAGACAGCUACACGGAGCGGGGCCGGGCCGCCAGCGCCCGGAGCCUCGCUUGUCCCUUCCUGUGCAGUGGGGGCAGUCGUGCUGCCCUGCUGAAAGGUGUUUUAGGUAAAGCUCCUCGCUCAUCGCAGAUGCCUCGAAAAGGGUAGCUGGUUUUUGUAAAUAACCCCCUUUAAGGACGUGCUUGCUAAAGGCCUUCCGGGUUCAGGAAGCAAAAUUAGGCCAGGUUGGGGGCAGGGAGUCCUAUUUAAUGCCGAGCCUACGGCGAGACCCGCUCGGCCGCAGAGCUCCCCUUCCGCCCGGAGCGCGCGCAGGGGGAGGGCAUGGGGUUCCGGCUCAGCUAGGCCUCGGAACGGCGCCCCUCUCCAGCACCCCGGGAGCGCGCCCUGCUCGCCCCACCCCCGCUGCGGCUCCGGCGCACCCCGGCUCCGCCGGGUCGCAGGUCCGUGCGCUUCGGCCCUCGUCGCCCCGCCCCCUUCAGAGGCCCCCGGAUUUGCCCAGUGAUGGUGACGUAGAGGAGACUCGCGCUCCCAUUGGGAGACGAUGUUAGGCAGGAGCCAAUCCGGGCGCUGAUCCGGGGAGAAAUCUCGGAGCCGCGCUCGGCGGAUCCCGGAGGCCGCGCGGUGGGGACGCGACCCGGAACCGGCCGCGGCGGGAGAGCCGGGAGUCCCACCAGGCCGGUGUUCGCGUCCCGGAGCGCGGCAGUGCGGACGAGAAGCCUCCGUGGGCGCAGCGCGGCCCCUCCCAGCCAAGGGCACCAUGGCCACGUCGGCCCCGCUGCGCAGCCUGGAGGAGGAGGUCACCUGCUCCAUCUGCCUCGACUACCUGCGGGACCCCGUGACCAUCGACUGCGGCCACGUAUUCUGCCGCAGCUGCACCACGGACGUGCGGCCGGCAUCGGGGGGCCGCCCCGUCUGCCCGCUCUGCAAGAAGCCGUUCAAGAAGGAGAACAUCCGGCCGGUGUGGCAGCUGGCCAGCCUGGUGGAGAACAUCGAGCGGCUGAAGGUGGACAAGGACAGGCAGCCCGGGGACGCGGCCCGGGAGCCGCCGGACACCAGGCUGUGCGAGCGGCACCGGGAGAAGUUGCAUCACUACUGUGAGGACGACGGCAAGCUGCUGUGCGUCAUGUGCCGUGAGUCCCGGGAGCACAGGCCGCACACGGCGGUCCUGGUGGAGAAGGCCGCCCAGCCCCACAGGGAGAAAAUCCUGAACCACCUGAGUACCCUGAGGAGAGACCGGGACAAAAUUCAGGGCUCCCAGGCAAAGGGAGAAGCUGAUAUCCUGACUGCACUGAAGAAGAUCCAGGACCAGCGGCAGAACGUCAUGGCCGAGUUUAAACAGGCGCACGAGUUCCUGCGGGAGCGGGAGCAGCAUCUGCUGGAGAAGCUGGAGGUGCUGCAUCAGGAGCUGGCGGAGGGCCGCGAGAAGUACAAGAGCAGGGGCGUCGCGGAGCUGACCCGGCUGGCGCUGGUCAUCUCCGAGCUGGAGACCAAGGCACAGCAGCCGGCCGCAGAGCUCCUGCAGGACACCAGGGACUUCGUGAACAGGUACCCACGGAAGAAGUUCUGGAUUGGGAAGCCCAUUGCUCGGGCGGUUAAGAAGAAGACGGGAGAAUGCUCGGAGAAACUUCAGUCCCUGCAGCGAGGCCUGAGAGAGUUCCAAGGGAAGCUGCUAAGAGACUUGGAAUAUAAGACAGUCAGUGUCACGUUGGACCCGCAGUCAGCGAGCGGGUACCUGCAGCUGUCAGAGGACUGGAAGUGUGUGACCUACAGCAGCCUCUACCAGAGCGCUUACCUGCACCCCCAGCAGUUUGACUGUGAGCCGGGGGUGCUGGGCAGGAAGGGCUUCACCUGGGGCAAGGUGUAUUGGGAAGUGGAGGUGGACAGGGAGGGCUGGUCCGAGGAUGAAGAGGAGGGCGAGGAGGAGGAGGAGGGGGAGGAGGAGGAGGAAGAGGAAGAGGAGGCGGGCUACGGGGACGGGUACGAGGACUGGGAGACAGAUGAGGACGAGGAGUCAUUAGGGGAGGAAGAGGAGGAGGAGGAAGAGGAGGAAGAGGUCCUCGAAAGCUGCAUGGUGGGGGUGGCCAGAGACUCUGUGAAGAGGAAGGGGGACCUGUCCCUGCGGCCAGAGGACGGGGUGUGGGCGCUGCGCCUCUCCUCUGCGGGCAUCUGGGCCAAUACGGACCCCGAGGCUGAGCUCUUCCCGGCACUGCGGCCCCGGCGGGUGGGCAUUGCCCUGGAUUAUGAAGGCGGCACCGUGACAUUCACCAACGCAGAGUCACAAGAACUCAUCUACACCUUCACCGCGACCUUCACACGGCGCCUGGUCCCCUUCCUGUGGCUCAAGUGGCCUGGGACUCGCCUCCUGCUGCGACCCUGAGCGCACCGCUGCUUCCCUUCUCGGGGAUUCCAGGACCGUGACGGGGAGGGGAUGUCUGGCCGUGGCACCUGGAGCAGGUGCACUCCCCCCACCGCCCCGUGGCUAUGGCCCCGCGAGGCUCGCUCAGUGCCGCCACUCCGUCCACACGGCUGCCGUCGGACUCGUCCCCCAGCACCUGGGGGUCCCCGUGCAGACGUCUGACCCCGGAGUCCAUGAGGGCCCUCUGCGGCCUCGGCCCAGCUCUGCACACACUCUGUUGAACCAGAGACGAGACAGCCUUCCGUCAGCCAAUCUGGCGUCCCGUGCUGGCUGCUCCUGGGAGAGCACAGGUGACUGCACCGAGGCCACUCGCCGUGCCCGGCAUCCCCCUUGCCCACAUCCUCUCCGCUGCUAGCCUUCCCUGCCCCCCAACUCAGAGUCCCCCACACGAGCAGAGCAGAAGCCCACCACGGUUUCCAGGCGGUUUGAACAAGCUUCCAAGGUGCUGUGGAGUCGCCAAGCCCAGAGCAGGCGCCUCGAUGCUCUGAGACCAGGGUCGAGCGUCUGACGUUUGCACACGGAAGGACCUAGGACCUCCGGAGCUGCUUGGGGGAGAGCUCUGGAUGCACGUGGCUUUGAGGCCUUGUGUGUGGUCAGUGAUCAGUAAAUGACCUGAGGGUGGGGUGUUGGGAGAUGGUGACAGGAGUCCAGAACACUGUGCUCUUGGUGGGUCGUCUGAAGUCACCGGGGCAGACGCCCGUCCAGGCCAGCCUUCCCUUGGAAGCCUUGGCCCGUGUCCCCUGCACAGUGGAAACUUGGUCCGGAUGACUCUGCAGGCCCCUCCGUCCUGGGACGGGGCAGUGGGGAGAGGAGAGGAUGCCAGCAGGGCUCCUGGAGCUCACCUUCAUGUAGAGUGAGGGCUGGACCACAGCCUCGUGGCACCUGCACGCUCCCUGCUCCAGCCGGACACCCACAGCCUUUGUGUGCACCCGUCCCAGGCCUGGCAGCAGCGUUCCAUGCCCCAGCACCUUGGCCCCCACAUCACCUGGCAAAGUCCCUGCUAUUUCUGCCUCUAGUUUUGUACCCCCAUGCACCUCCCAAAGGGCUGGGCACACAGCAGGUGCUCAAUAAAGACUUGUGCAAUGAGCAGA